AAUAAUUUCUGGCUAUUCGCUUUUCUUUGUCAGUUUCUGUUAGGUUCUAUUAGAAACUGAAAAGAAACUGACUGAAUUAGUUGUAUUGUUGAUAGAAUAAACAAUAUUUUUAAUGGUUACACGUGUUAAAGAUUCGUCAUAGAAAAUAAUAGAAAAAAGUAUUAUUUUUAAUUUUUAUGUAUCAAGACAGCGCAUUGAAAAUAAAUAUGCCAUAAAUAAAAAUACCGAAAUUCACAUAAGUUGUAAAUAUAAAAAAAACAAUAAUUUACUGACAUUAAAUUGUUAUGUUUUACUACAUUUUUACAGAACUUAUUUGAAGGACGAAAAUGUUUUAUAUCAUAUACUUACACAGCUUAAUUUUUACUAUCAUGUAACUGUUAUUAGGUUAAACUUUAAAAAAUAAUUAAAUAAAAAUAAAAUAUUUAUUAGAUAUUAAUUACAGUUGAGAACAGUAAUGAAUCUUUAACGAUGCUCAAGAACUGUACACAAGUUCAAGUUGGACCAAAAUUUGAAAUUCAUACCGAAGAAUUGAAAAAAAGUUUACUAAAGAAAGAAGAUGAAGAAAGGAAUGAAAUAUUGAAGAGUUUCCACCAAAUGUUGAAAAACAAAUACAAGACAUACUUUUCCUACAUGAGGUCUUUUUUGUGGGAAGGCAAAAGGAACGAUUUUCCAUUAAAGGAUUAUUUCGAAGAACUGACUGUAAAUAAGGCAGAUUUAUUUGGGAAGAAAAGAGGAGAAAAGAUAAGUCUGAAUGAGAUAUUUUCCAUACAACAAGACGGACAUCAAACUAUUUUAUUUACAGGGGAUCCCGGUUAUGGCAAAUCAACUCUGUGCAAGAAAAUUGUGUACGAUUGGGCAAUCACGAAUUAUCUCAAACAUUUUGAUUUAACUUUUAUUGUAAUUUUAAGAGAAUUAGGUAAUAAAAGCGUGAAGGAUGCAUUACUCGAUGACAUACACGAAUACUCGCCAACUAAUAAGGAUUGGAAUCUACAGGACAUGCAGCUGAAUAUCUUGGUGUUUUUGGAUGGUUUCGACGAGAUUGUAGAUAAAUCUAAAAUUAUAAGAUUUAUAAGACAGGAAUCUUUUUAUAUUUCUCGUCGAAUGACGAUUGUGGUUACCAGUCGACCUCAAGCCGCAGAAGACAUCAGAGAAGACAUGAACAUGAGGUUUUCCAUAGAAGGGUUUUCUCCAGAAUAUCAAAAGAAAUAUAUUAAAUCAAUAUUUAGAGAAGAGGAGAGAAAAGCAAACGAACUGUUUUCUAAACUGUAUAAAGACGACUUUUAUGCAAAAUUAUCGAAAUGUCCUCUGANAUUAUUAAAAGUCAGUAAAAAUGAAGAAUUGGUUGCAUUGGAAGUUGAAGUAUUCCGAGGAAUUUCUGACAGAUAUGUUAUUUCUUUGGAGCAAUACGAAACUUUACGUGAUCGUAUCGUACUUAAAUCUGCGAGUACAUAA